CAUUGUCUGCCACCUGUUAAACAAUCUACUACAAGCCCAAGGUCUCUCCCCUCCCUGGGUAGGGACAGAAUGUCCUGUAAGGAACACAGUAUUCCAGCCGGUCUGUAACGAUCGUCUUCGGGAGAAAGAGAGGAGGACCAAAGCGCAGCGUGCCUUCUCUCCUCUGUGAAGAUGUCCAGCUCUGUAACAACCACCACUAACGGGGUGGUGGUCAUCACCCAUGUACACCCCACUGGCAACGGGAUGGGGGUCGUGAGGGUCGAUUCUGCCCCUCACUGUUUGGGACAGACGGUUUCCUCAGUGCUGGGAAGUUUCCGGGCAGGGCAACCAAAAGCGCUGGGGACCGUACAGAUCAUGGUUGGUUUGAUGAUGCUGUUGACAGGAAUCGUGAUGGCUACAGGACCACAAGUAGACAAUAUUGGAGUAAUAAGCGGAAUAUUUGUCUGGGGAUCUAUCAUUUAUGUCAUUGCAGGCUCUCUAACUGUUGCUGCUGACAACAAUUUGAACACAUGUCUGGUAAAAGGCUCCCUUGGAAUGAAUGUUGUCGCCACGGUUAUUGCUCUUACUGGCACCAUUCUGCAUUCUUUGGACAGUGCUGGGAUCUUCCUUUACAACUACUACUGUGACUAUCCAGACUAUCCAGACUAUCCUUCAUACUACCCUCCAUCCUAUGUCUGCCAACAGUAUUGGAUCAGGUCCCAGGGAAUUUCAGGUGUUUUGCUUGUUUUCUCCAUGCUGGAGUUCAUAGUGUCCAUCUGUGUCUCGUCAUUCGCCUGCAGAGCUGUCUGCCAGUGCUGCCGUUCUAACCCUGAGCAAGUGUUCAUCAUUGGGAAUCAAAUACCGGUACCUCAUGGCUGCAUGACUCCAAGCAACGCACCUUUCCCUCCUCAGAACAACUACGAGACUGUGAUCUACCCAAAGGGUCCCGAGGGAGACAAUAUGGGAACAGGGUUUCAACAGAAACCACUGCCUCCACAAAACACUGCUUUCAUCCCUUGAGAAUUGGGCUUCUGUGAAUACAUUGCUCUUUUUCUUGUUAAAAUUGUGUUUUCUAGGGCUAUUUUUCUGAUCCAAGCCAGGCAAUGGUUGGCACCACAUCACUGAUCUGAAUCAUUUGACAGUUCAAUAUUGAUAAUGU